GAGAGCGACACUUGCAUUGAAUGCAGUGUUCAUUGUAUUCAUUGAACGCGAAUUGAGUUAUAGUUUGAGUGAAUGAUUGGAUUAAGUGUUAGUUUAUGGCAAUUGUGUGACAACUAGUGGUUGUCGUGAUAACCGAUCGCGCGAUAAACAUAUCGUAAAUUACAUCCCAUUUCUAGCCAUUCACUCCUUUGCGGACCAUUUGUUUGGUGACUGAAAAUAUUGUCAUUUAAUUGUGUGAAUUGCCGUCAAAUCUGAAUUGAAUGGUAAAUGAGUGAUAAAAUGAGUGCAAAAAAUAAACUCAAUCUAAAGCUUCCGCACUCUUCAGUGCAAACCAAUGACAACAAUCUCAUCGACCAAUCGCUCGAUAAGCCAUUGGACACGAGUAUAGAAGCGCUUCACAAGACGUUAGAAGGACUCGAUUUGGAUGAACAGCAGAGGAAGCGAUUGGAAGUCAAACCCGCGAUAAGGAGUCAAAUAAUACGUGAACUGAAAGUUCUUCACGAAUGCAAUUCUCCGCAUAUCGUCGGCUUCUACGGAGCCUUUUAUAGCGAUGGAGAGAUCAACAUAUGUAUGGAGUAUAUGAACGGCGGAUCGUUAGACCUGUUGUUGAAGAAAGCGAAUCGAAUUCCCGAACAAAUCUUAGGAAAGGUUACCAUUGCUGUCACUAAAGGCCUUAGCUAUUUGCGGGAAAAGCAUCAGAUAAUGCACAGGGAUGUUAAGCCUUCGAAUAUAUUAGUGAACUCUCGCGGAGAGAUCAAGAUUUGUGACUUCGGUGUUAGCGGACAACUGAUUGAUUCGAUGGCCAACUCGUUUGUGGGCACCCGAUCUUAUAUGUCUCCUGAAAGACUUCAGGGAAAUCAUUAUACGGUUCAGUCAGACAUAUGGAGUUUGGGUCUGUCAUUGGUAGAGAUGGCAAUCGGCAGAUAUCCCGUUCCACCUCCUGAUGAGAAAGAGCUAAAGUCGAUAUUUGGCGACAAAUAUAAGCCGGAAUCCAACGAAAUCUGUCCGCCGUCUCAGAACUAUCACUCGUUGAGUCCAAUCGCAAAGUUCAGACCAAACAAUUUGAAUCAAAUCCUUAAUAAUUCCGGAGCCGCCGGAGACGGACCCAGACUUUCCAUAUUUGAAUUACUGGAUUACAUAGUGAACGAACCGCCGCCUACUGUUCCUAAAUCGGUAUUUACUGCAGAUUUCAAGGAUUUUGUCGACCGAUGUCUCACCAAAAACGCUGCUGAGAGGGCAGACCUUAACUCACUUAUGAGUCAUUCGUUUAUAAAGCGGUCUGAAAGCGAAAAGACAGACUUCUCGCGUUGGAUCUGUCAGAUCAUGCAAUUGGAUCCGUCGACUCCCACCAAAACAACCAGUCCUAACAGCACCGCUUGAUUCUGGUGUCACAUAAACUCCUGUUUUUCUAUUUGUAUAUAUUAUUUAAAACAAAAUUAAUGCACAAAU